CGACGAGGCCUAUCCAACAAGCAUGGGCACAAGUCUAUCCACAACAACAGCAAGAUUUCGUGUGAGGAUGGUACCGUGCAGCUUGUAUUUGUGACAAUAUCUGCAAGAUUCCCUGACCGCAUUCUUCCAGGAUUUGGUUUCUUUUUGGAUUCUUUUUGGAUAACUGUGAUUUGCUGUAAAGCCUUGGAUUAUGAUCGCAUAUCCCAGAAGGCAUUAUUAUGAAGCAAAAACAUGUGCCAUUCAAGUAUGUUUACUCCAAACUCACUCUAUACCACACCCUGAAGGUUGACCUCAAGUGGUGCCGCUCUAUUCACCAUUGUCUGCUCUGUAAAGUAUCCCCCGGUGCCAAGGCUGCGAGAUUGUCCUGCGGUGCAUUUCACCAUGGCUUUUGCAGAGCGGCAACACCGGUGGUGCCGCGUCAGCAGAGCGCACAGCCGAAGGUGCUGGCAGACAGCGUGGUGGCUGUUAACUGUAAGGAACCCGUCCCAGUUGCAGUGAUUCUCAAGCCUGGCAACGUGUUAAACCAGCCCAAAGUACUCACCAGCAACUCUAUAACUCAGCCCAAAGCCGUCCAAGACAAUCGGGUAUUGCAGUCAAACAUUAUUCACAGAAGCGAAGUGUCGCAGGACAAGGAAAUUUACGACAAUGCCCCGAUCCAGUCUGAACCCAUUUAUGAUGAGAUUGUGGUGUCCCAACCAAAUGUCAGUGUCAACAAUGUUGUGUCUCAGGCUAACGUCAAUGGCAACAAUAUUGCAUCUCAACCUAAUAUCAACAAUGUUGUGGUGUCUCCUGAUGUUGGCCGCAGUGGUGUUGCCAUACAGCCUCAUCAGAUUGCCCGCGGAAAAAGCAAUGUAACCCAGGGUGAUGUCAAUCAUGAUGAAGCUCCGCCCAUUAUCUUGAGCUCUGAAUUUGUCAAUCAACGUCAAGUAGCCAUUGGCGACACACCUCGAAUUAUACUUGGUACCCGUCCACAGCCUGUGUAUGAGAAGCCUAUCUCAGCUAAACGAGAUACACCACAGCAUUUGUUCUGCUGGAAAUGGGUUAUCAGAGAAAAAGAAAUUCAGGAUACUGAUGCUUCACAGAGAAAACACUUGAAAGAAAACGCUGAAGUUGCGAAAGAAAACGCCAAGAAUGUCCCUGACAGUUCCAAGCCUGUUCCAAAAACAACAGUGGGGUCACGGACGCCAUCAAUACGUAACAACAACAACAAUAAUAUACAGAUCCCUAAGUUUUACUUCCCCAUGGGAAAGCCGCUACCUGAAGACCACACGGAAUCGCUGUUACAACGCGUAGCAGAGGAGUUCAGUAAAUUUGAGGGUGGAAAGGUCUACAAGAACCAAAUGACUGUCAUUGCCAAGGCCUCACGGUUGCCCAUGUACUGGAGGACGGUGUUGUUCUCAGCCGCAGGGGGAGAUAAGCAGGGCUUCAUCACAAUACAGAUGUACACCGCCAUGUGGAGAAAAAUGCUACUGAACUGCCAUGAUGAUGCGUCCCGUUUCACCUGGUUACUGGCCAAACAAGGCAGGCGUUAUUUGGAACACGAGGACUUUGUUCCUAUCGUUCAGGAUAUUGUGGAUACCCACCCAGGCCUGGGCUUCCUGCAGGAGGCACCAGAGUUCCACUCCAGAUACGUCAACACAGUCAUAGCUCGAAUAUUUUACACGGUCAACAGAUCGUGGUCAUCGAAGAUUAACGUCCACGAGCUGAGGAGGAGUAAUUUUCUACAGACAUUGGCCCUGUUAGAAGAUGAAGAUGACAUCAACCAGAUCACGGACUAUUUCUCCUAUGAACAUUUCUAUGUGAUCUACUGUAAGUUCUGGGAGCUGGACAAAGAUCACGACCUGUUAAUUGAUCAGAAUGAUCUCUCCAGGCACAACGAACACGCAAUAUCCUCACGAGCAAUAGAGCGGAUAUUUUCAGGUGCUGUCACAAGAGGGAAGAACCAGAAGGAAGGAAAGAUGAGUUACCCGGAGUUUGUCUGGUUUCUGUUAUCAGAGGAGGACAAAAAGCACCCCAGGAGUGUAGAGUACUGGUUCCGUGUCAUGGACCUGGAUGGGGACGGUGUCAUAUCUAUGUAUGAGAUGGAGUAUUUUUAUGAGGAGCAGAUGCAGAAAAUGGAAGCCUUGGGAAUAGAAAAACUGCCCUUCCAAGAUGCUCUUUGUCAGAUGUUAGACCUUGUGAAGCCGAGCAGGGAAGGGCAGAUAACUCUGAGUGACCUGAAGGCCUGUAAAUUGACCAAUAUCUUCUUUGACACAUUCUUAAACCUGGACAAAUUCCUGGACCAUGAGCAGAAGGACCCGUUUGCAAAUGUCCGAGACCUGGAGCUGGAGGGUCCCGAGCCGUCGGACUGGGAGAAGUACGCGGCUGAGGAGUACGAGGCUUUAGUGGCUGAGGAGGGCGCAGCGGACCAGGAUGUUCACUAUGAGGAUGACUUUGAGCCAGAAGAAGAAGACAUGCUACACGAGGUCAAUGAUCCGUCCAACAUGAACCAACGACCUCGACCCACCUCGCCUGAGGAGGAUAUCUACGACUUCAGCCCCCGAGACUUAGGCUACUGAUAACCUAAAACUGACCACUUACUGACCCCAGGCUGACCAUAGCUGGCAACUGCAGAUUGUUGGGUUGUCCCCGGGGAGGAACUUGUACACCUGGGGCUCGUUUCACAAAGCGCACGUAACGUUACGUAACUUCCAUGG